AUGGGUCCAGCAUUGGCGGGCACCUCUGCGCGGCGUACAGUGCCCCGUUCGAAUUUUGCUCCAAUCAUGUCCCAGGGUCCUGAUGGCAUCGCGAAACUCGGCGCAGGGCUUACACAGACGACUGCGCCGUCGCUCAAGAAAGAGUCUGCGAAUCGGAAUGUGAGCGUCGACGACGACGCCGAAGUGUAUUCGGAUCCAGACGAUGGUGUAGAAAUUGUGGACAUGGACGAUAUCAGACAGAUGGACUGGAUGGCUCCGGAGAGCCUAAGGAAAGAAAAGUUCGUGAAGAAGAAAGGCGUCAAGGUGAAGAAAGAAGAUCAUGAAGACAAGAAGAGAAAAGGUGUGGCGAAGCCGGAGGCCAUGGAUGUGGACGUCACGCCGGAGCCGGCGGAGGUCAACCUGGCCAACGCGGUUGACUUGAGUGAAAGCGAGGAAGAAGAAGAAUUAGAGGACAUUAUCGACGAUUUUGCGCUAGGGAAUGACGUUGAAGAGGAUUCCAAUAUCCGACAAGAGCGUCUGUACUUCUUCCAGUUUCCCAGUCCAUUCCCCAAAUUUGUAUCCAAUGCACUGUCACCGCCAUCACCGCCACCACCUGUGGACUUUGAUCCUGCAUCGGCAGAUAGUGUAAAGCCAGAUGUUCCGAAGAAAGUUACGUUCGCGCAGGAUACGAAGCCACCCGCUUCGGCCGCGCCUACUGGCCCACCAGUUCCCAGAACGCCUGACUCUCAAGGCAAACAAGAAAAGACUGAAGAACUAAAAAUCGACGGUACGAUUGGCCAGCUUGAGAUCUAUGAGAGCGGUGCAGUCAAAAUGCGCCUAGGAAAUGGUAUUGUCAUGGACGUCACAGCAGCAACACAGCCGUCCUUCCUACAGCAAGCAGUAUUCGUAGAUGCCGCGAACAAGCGCUUGUGUGUUCUGGGUGAAGUGAACAGACGCUUCAUCGUUACGCCUAACAUCGAGACGCUGCUAUCUAGCAUGGAGCUGGCUGAACAGCCUGUGCCGCCGGAAUUAGGAGAAGGGCUGCUCACAAUAGAUACAGGCUGGUGA